CUAAUUAUAAACAUCAUCAAGCAGACGCUUCUAUUGGUUUUGAUCAACCAAAUUGGGAGCGCCUUGAAAUUAUGGAUCGGAACGGCCUAUACCGUUUACAAUGGUGGGUUUUAGAAAAUGAUAUUUACUUUAAGGUAACUGUCAAUACGCUUGGCUUCAUUGGCCUUGGAUUUUCAAAAAGAGAUGGUCAUAUGGCUACAGCAGACAUGGUUUUAUUGUGGGUCGAUGAUCAUUCUGGGAAGCCACAUGCAUUGGACUGCCACGGUUCAUUUCUUCAACCACAUAGUGCACCUAUUCAAGAUGAUACCCAAAACUACCUUAUCAUCGAUAGCUAUCAGAAUGCUACCCAUACAUGUGUUGAGUUCAAGCGCCAAAUUGAAACCUGCGACCCAUACGAUUUGCCAUUAACUGAUGAUACGGUGCAAGUUCUAUGGUCUUUUGGUGGUGCUGAUCCUAUACAUGGCAACUUAGAGGGACACAAGAAAAACCGUGGCUCAAAAUCAUUGCAUUUGUUAAGUCCUUUAUUACAAAGACAGCACAUACUGAACAAGCAUAAGGCAUUAUUCUGGGACAUAACGAUGAACAAUGUAUCUGUUGAAUCAUCCAUGGAUACACUUUACUGGUGUAAAAUCGUAAGCGCUCCGAAAUUAUCUGAAAAGCACCAUAUUGUUGGCUAUGAGCCACUGUUAUCCCGCUUCUCUAAGUUAAAUGAACCCAUUGUCCAUCACAUGACUCUUUUCGAGUGUUCAACGAAAUCAUAUCCAUCUUCCGAUUCUGCUUCAUGGGACGUAUGGGUUAGAAGUACGGGAACAGUCUGUAACAGCAACUCAUUAACCCCACGAGAUUGGGAUUCCUGCUCAACACCAAUUGCCGUAUGGUCUAUUGGCUCAAAUGGCCAAUUUUUACCGGAACAUGUUGGUAUACCAAUCGGUGGUCAAUCGGGAGUAAAAUAUUAUAUGCUUGAAAUACACUACGAUAAUCCAAAUGCGUUGCAUGUCUUGGAUCAUUCGGGCUUCCGUAUACACUACACGUCACAAGUACGUCAAAACGAUGGGGGCAUUAUUAUUAGCGGCGUAUCAAUAUCGGAUACCCAAAUCAUUCCACCUGGCCAAAAGUUAUAUCGCAACAUCGGAAUAUGUGGCCCAUCAUGCUCAAACGUAAUUAGCUAUUUCCUGAAAAGGGUAUUAGAAUUAUUUCCGGAACAUUUCAUUCUCACCGAGCUGGUCGUAAAAUGAGUCUGCGCCAUGUUCGAGAUCGCAAAGAAUUACCUCGAAUAAUCGAAGAUGAUAACUAUGAUUAUAAGUAUCAACAAUUUCAUCAAUUUUACAAUG